AUGAUUUCUUUGAUAGUUCUCAUCGCUUUGGCCGCUUUACUACUUGCAAAACUGUUGUUUGAUACCGUUGAUUUCAUACCGUUUGUGCCACCGUCAGCUCAUGAAGUUGCAACAACGAAAUCGGAAACUAAUUUACUGACAGCGGAACCUUUGAGGCUUAUGCCCAGCUUGACCAAUGUUUCUCUUAUGGGAGCUCCGAAAAAGUCAGAGAAGCCGACGCAAGAUGAAGAUGACUUGGAUGACUAUUUUGUCCCUCCGACAGUUCAAGCAACUCAGUCUACUCUUGAGGGGAAGAAACCAGGGAAGAGAAAAAGCGUGUACGACAGCGACUUUACGAACGAGUUUGAGGACUGCAAUACUUCCUGUCAUGGGUACUCCAAAGCCCAUAUCGCGUGA